CACAGUUCCACCUCCAUUGAAGAUGGCGGCGACACCAGUGCCCUCACGAGUGGGGAAUCGCAUCCGAAGCUGUGGAUCUGGGGUAGUCUCGACAAGCUUCCUGACCAUUGCUGCCGCCAGAGCCGUGGGUUCCAGCCUCCGAUGGUUGCUUUACUCUAGCCAAGUUGACGACGAUGUGAUGGCUGUUGGGAGUACAGUCGCAUCUGCUCUUGAAUGGACGUUUCUGCUGCUCGCACAGACGCUUCUGGUGGUGAUCAGUCUUGCGUGUGUCUUGUACUUGCUGUUUCUCCUGCCUCAGCAAGUACCUUCGCAAUCCCCGUCCAUCCGAGUGUCCAUUGCCCUCCGCGUCUGCCGCCUCGAGUCCAUCGCACUGGUCGCCGUCCUGGGUGUCACAUCGUUCGUGUGGAAUGCUCUCUUCGGCUACCUCGUUUCCCAGGAAUUCCUCGUGUCAAAUCUCGGGACCGUCUUGACCCAAGCUAGUCUUCUCACGGCGUACGUCGCCUUUGCGCCGCACCAUCUCCUCGCACAUCGUCCCAUCGUGAGCGAUCCGGUCGUGUCGUUGCUUGCAAGUUUCCCGUUCGUCCUCGUCCGCACGGCGCAGUCUGCCGCGCUCUCGGCCGUCGCGAUCCUCUUUAGCUCCACGGACCUCCCGUUUUCAGCCCUACUCACGCUGGUCGCAUCCUCGACCAGUCUAUUUUUCGUCUACUUUACGACCGCCAAGGCAUUUUCGUGCCUGUUUUUGCGAACAGCGUAUAGCUGGGAAGGUGCACCUGGGUGUGCACCCACGUGGCUCGAGCUGCAGCACCCAGCGGUGACGUGCACCGAGUGCACCAAGCACGUGCCUUCGCCAUCCAUCGCGCCGAGGCUAACGCCGUCCGAGCUGUCAAGUCUGCGCUCGCGUCCAUCGGCCAACUACAUUGCGUUUCUCCAGGCCAGAACGUCGUCACAUCCUGGCACGACGAUCCAGCCGCACCUCGUGCUGCCGUCCACCCGGUCGUUUGAGUUCUGGAACUUCCAGUUCCAAGCGCUCGACUUGCAUCUUGCGGCCGCCAGCGGCAACAGCUCGGCUUUCUUUGCCUCCGAAACGGUGUGGCUCCAAGUGUUUUCCGUCGCCACGGCCACCAUCGACGGCUUCGCGUACACAUGGCGCGCUCUGAGCGCCUGGAAAGUACAACCAACGAACGCCCAGCCUUCGGGUUUAAUUCACGUGACGUGGCAGAUCCUCACGAGUGACCAGCCGUCGCCCUCGACGUUUCUGCAGCAGAUCACAGCCUCGCCCAUGUUACAUGCGUUUGUGGCUACGGGGGGACUCCACGCCGCCUUGCCAUCUCCAUGGACGUGGCCACAAAAGUUAAUGGCAAACUCGUUGUGGCACAUCACACUGGCCACGGUCUUGCUCUCGUCCAAGGCGGUGGUGCACUCUGUGGACGCGUUGGCAACGGCAGUGUGUACAUCGUUCACCAAAGAUAAGCAAGGUGUUGUCCAGGUAACACUGCCAGCCAUCUUGUACUCGCUGGCGUCGUGUCGAGUUGCGUGUGAAGCAUUGAGGGUACCACAAAGCGAAGAGUACGAAGCCAUAGUCUACGCGUUGGAUUCAGCAUUGCAAAAGAUCACGGGCGUGUUUGGCCAUGUCCUGCCAGAACUCACGCACGAGUUGCCCGUGGCACUGGCGACCAAAGUGACUAGUUAUGCCAAGUAAUCAAGCAUGUUGAUUCGUCAUCACGGAUGUCGUCAGCAUUCGCUGGCGUGGCCACGUAGUAGCGACCGAAAUACACAGUAAUACAUAUACUUCG